AUGAGUUUCUUAGGCCAUAUCGAUCUCUGCAAAGAUAUUUUGACAUCGUUGAUCGCAUGGUAUGAGCGAGUUAAAAUCCCUCCGGGUGAUGUGCUACACGUUCUGGCUGUCGAAGGUCACAAAUUCGUUACAACUUUCUCCCCCAUCAUAUCAAAGGCAGCAAUGCAGACAUAUAUCUCAGCUUUGCCUUUGAUGCUUUCCGACUCUAUGCUGUUUAAGGUAUAUCGCAAGACAAAUUUACUCAAUAUAACCGACCUUGACUCCAACGCCGAGUCAAAGUGGAGGUCUGUGGAUAUACCAUUCGACUGGUCCACUGAGGAGCACGCCGAGUCCGUCUUUCACUCUAACCAAAGUCAGAGGCUAAAAUUUUCCGACCAAUCAUCUUACUCUCACUUCGGAUAUGUCGUCGCGCAGGCGUCUCAUCUUCAGGGGAAAAUAUCGUUCCUGGAUGCUAGACAUGGUCAUGAAAUUAGGCGGUCUAUCCAUACUGAUAGCAUUGUUUUCGGUGUAGCUUUCUCUCCUGAUGGUCAACAAAUAGCGACUGUUGCGAAAAAGAGUAUAUCAAUCUGGGAUCUCAAAACCAGCAAACGCAUUCACAAUCUUGAAACAGAAAUCACUGGAAACUCCUUCAUUACCUAUUCUGCCAAUGGAAAAAGGGUCAUGGUUGGCGAGAUCUCAGGAGCGAUGGAAAUUUGGGAGGCCGAUACAGGAAACGUCGUCAACGGGUUCUUACCACAUACGAAUAUUGAAGAAACUUGGGCAACAGUCGCCAUAUCUCGAGACGGCAAACUUGUCGCAAUGCCCGAUGAAGUAGGCAUUGGCAUCUUUGAUACGGACUCUCGAAAAAAGGUUGGAAAACAUGUGGCACUUCAUCUUCGCAAGUACCCAUACGAACCCCAGGAGUUCAGGUUUGCGUGGGCUGAAGAAAGCCGUAUUAUGGUGACCUCGAGCGGGUAUUCCAAAGAUUGUAUAAAUGUACAUCACAACUACGCGCUCGGAGACAAAAAGGAUAUUGUACCGCUGGAGUGCCCCUCUUUUUGGCCCAGUAAACUAAUGCUGUCCCCGGAUAACGCAUACACGAUUGCAGUCCUCCAUGGCUUUGUUUUGAAAGGGAAGUCAGCCGACCCAGAAAUACGUCUCUGGGACACCUUCACUGGGGACUUGCUGUACAAGCGAAGCACACAAUUCUCGAUGACCUCUAUAUAUUUUAUGCCGGACGGUCAAGAAAUCAUCCUUCAAGGCCAAGUUUACGACGGCCCUCCCGCACGUCUCGUCAAAUCUCUUCCCGCGCACAUGAUGCAAGACGACCAUUCAGCUGACAACAAUUCGAGGAUGAUCCCUGCCAAAAUCGAAUACUCCCGAGUUACCAACGAUGCGUCUCUUCAGUAUGCAUCGAUGGUUGAUUCCAAUGGCUGGAUUUGGAGCACGAGUGGACGGCGGCAAAUGUGGAUUCCUUACCCUGGAUAUAAGGUGCAUUCGAAUCUUUCCCCAGGCCCUUCUCGUCAUAGGUCCUUGGAAAUACGAAAUCCAAAGAGCGAGGAGGUCGUUUUGAGGUUUGUUAUCGAACUGAUUCCGGAGGCGCAGUAA